AAAGAACUGAACUGAGAAGACCAUUUGGGAAGAUUAUAACCUAUAAUUUCUGCUUGAUUUUGUUGAUAAACAAAGUGGGAAAUGUCGGCCCCGGGGAACGCUAUGGACUCCCUGAGCGCUGCUCUGAAAUGCAACAUAAUCCCCAACCAAGAAUACCUACUUCAAGGUUCAGUCCUCGACCAAUACGUCGAGGUUCUUUUACACCGUUUGAGGGGCUUAUGCGACAACGUAGACAGCGGACCCGAGUCUUUCCACGAUCACGAAUUGUGUUUUUCUCUGCGGAUAGCCAACACGGGAGCCACCACGCCCAUGUCGGUGUUUUCCUUGAGGGUGAGAAGAGCCCUAGAUGUGAGCGAUACCCCAUAUCAACUUCGGUAUAUAGGACAACAAGAAUUGGGGGACAAAAACAGGCCCACAGUUGUGAGGUCCAGUAUUGAUAUGGCGUGCAGCUCAACUAUAGUGGAUUUUUUGACUGAGCUAGGAUGUAGAGUGGACUUUGAAUAUAUAGCCAGAGGGUAUAUGUUUAGAAAGGGCAGGAUGAAGAUAACUGUGUCAAAGAUUUUCAAAAUGGGAGGGAAUAAGCCUGGAGAAACGGUGGAACCUAUUUCUCAGAGUUAUUUGGUGGAAUUGUCAGUGCUGGCACCCUCAGGGCAAGAUGCCAUUGCAGAGGACAUGCGAAUUUUUGCAGAACAACUGAGACCUUUGGUGCAGUUAGAAAAAAUAGACUAUAAAAGGCUAGGAAAUAUUAUGUAA